AUGGGUAAAUUGACUUACUUUCUUGGUCUGCAAGCGUCCUAUCCUACACCUGGUGCAAUCUUUGUCAAUCAGACCAAGUACGCAAGGGAUCUAUUGCACAAGGCUGGUAUGACUAUAUGUAAACCUUGUCCAACACCUUGUAAGCCACAUACACAGGUGUUGUCUACUGAUGGUGAACCUUUGAAGGAUCCUACUCUAUAUAGAAACAUUGUUGGAGCUUUACAAUAUUUAACCUUUACCAGACCAGAUAUAGCGUAUUCAGUAAACACAGUCUGCCAGUACAUGACCAAUCCAACUGAAGUUCAUUUUCAUACGGUUAAAAGGAUAUUGAGGUAUAUACAGGGUACUCUUACAUAUGUUUCAUGGCAGUCUAAAAGGCAAGGAUCUGUGUCUCGCAGCUCCACUGAGGCAGAAUAUCGAGCAUUGGCUCAUACUGCAGCAGAUUUAGCAUGGAUUCGUCAAGUGCUUGCAGAUUUACAUAUGUGUCUUCCUACACCUCCUAUCUUGUACUGUGACAAUCUAUCUGCAUUGGCUUUUAGCUCCAAUCCAGUGUUUCAUUCACGUAUCAAACAUAUGGAUACUGAUUUUCACUUCAUGCGAGAAAGAGUUCAACGCAAAGAUCUUGAAGUUCAGUAUGUGCCAACAGAAGAACAGCUUGCAGAUGUUUUUACAAAAGGAUUGCACAGCCCCAUAUUUCUUAAGCAUUGUACCAAUCUCAGACUGAGGAACUCAGUUGAGCUUGAGGGAGGGUAA